GCGCACCGCGACCCCGCCAUGGCAGUAGCUGCUGCUGCCCGUCUAUUCCUUCGUGUUUCUCUACUCAACGAUCCUUCAUACUCUGUAGCGGUGAGCGGUAGUGUGUGUUGUAGCUAGUUUGAAGUGUAGUCGAGUGUUUAAUUCCGUUUUGGAUUUAGCUGUUGGUGUGUCAAUGCUUGUCUCUGUUUUUUUCUAGUCGAGGCAAUUCUGUUCAAGUUGCGUUUGCGGAAUUGGUAUUAGACUGUGAUUUUGCGUAAAUUUUUUGUUUUUCUGUCAAGUUUGAGGGGUUUGUAUAGGGUGUUUUGAAUUGGUCAAGAAGUCCUACGUGUUCUGAGGAGUGGUAAUAGACAUCCUUUUAGGUUCGGUCCCGGUCUGCCUUCCAUCAUUCUACAAUUUCUGUAAUUACAAUUGGAGCAGUGGAGUUCGUGAUUCUAUGCUGUGGUGUGGUGCGGUAGUUACUACGUUUUGACUUGAAGACAGCUUCAAUAUCUUGAGUUUUUGUGGAAGCGGGUUCUAUGGAGCUCACAGGCCCUACAUUAACUCGAGCAGCUACUUUCAGCCAUCGCCAGGAGCGAGCCUUGAAGGAUGUCAAUGGGCGUGUGAACGGUCUUAACAAGAGCCAAGAUCACCUUUCAACUGCGAAGAGCAUCGCGGAUGGUCGAAAGGUAACACGCACACUGAAGCAGUUCUCAGCUGUGCCAUCUCGAUACGCUGCUCCCCUCGCUUCGAAGAAAAACCUCUCCACCAACGCAGACAAGCCGCAGACUGGCCAAGCGAACAUGACGAAGCUGCCUUUCAUUCCAGGAAGGGCAGCUCCAAGUCAUCAGAGGAAGCCUUCGGCAGACAGUCUGAAUUCUUCUCAACCUGCCAUGGUGUUUUCCGCUUCUGUAAGGGAGCCGAAGGCGGACACGUCUGCCAAGAAGGUGGCAGCGAACAGCAGCUCUCUGGGUGCGAAACGACCUCGAGUGGGCACGAAAACGAGCAUGGUGGAACAGAAGAGCCAAGUGGCGGCGCGAGCUCCGCGGGUGUAUUCGUUGGACAAGGGAGGAUGCUGGUGCUCGAAGAACGGUUCGGUUCGGGGCCCAGCGGAGGCGUCUGCAGCAGGGAGUGUGUCUGUGCUGUAUUCUGCAGCUCACUGGGUGCAUCUGAUCAAGCUCGCAGAGGGCGAGAAGAAGAACGACGUGGUGGUAGACUUGUUACGGGUGGCCGUGAGGUUGAAAGCGGAGCCCCGGGAAAUGGUGAAGGUGGAGCUGAAGCGGUAUGGAGAGGGUCACCCAAGCGACGAGGUCGUGCAGCAGCUUGUGGAGGAAUGCGAGGGAGUGGCAGGAGUGUCGGUGUCGUCGACGACGAUCGAAGGAGGCGAAGAAGGGGAGUCGAUAUCAGAGGAAUCAAAUGGGAGUGCGGCAGUGUUGAGUAACGGUGAUAGUGGUGCAGCUUGUGUGAGCAAGAUCACAAUCGUCGCACCAGUUGUUAGUGAGAACGGCGGCGCGGUGACGAAGGAUGUGGCAGCGAAGCGUCCACAUUUUAUGGGGAGGAUGUUGGCGAGGUCAGCAACUUUUUCUGUUGUGGACCCGAACUCGAAAUCGGUGCAUGCGAAAGCAGAGUAUGGUCGGAAAUUGGAGAAGACUUUGGAGUUUUUAGCAUCGCAAGCCGUAGCUCACUCUCCUGAGAAGGCAGGCCUUGGUAUCCAAUCUAGCCAACCGAAGGCUCAGAAACGUUUGCUGGAUUGUGUUCCAGAAUCUGAAGUGGUUUGCGAGUCCACGACUGGGUCCUCAAUUCAUGAACAUGUCGACGCGCAAAUAUCUGGCGAGCUCACUUCUACGGUGCCUUCAUUGUGUUCCUCAUUCCUUACUACUGACGAGCUUGUGACGCCGAGUUUCAAAUUUGUCUCUAGCACUGCUGAAGUAACAACCGGAGCCGAAUGCAUAUUCGCGGAAGCUUCUACUCAUGUUAAACAUAGUCCUCUUGCGUUGGAGGGAGCAUCCACACCGGGGCACGCAGUGGCUAAUGGUAGUGCGGAGAUGCCGGUGGAUUCCCUCUCUGAGUGGCUGGAUCGUGAUUCAUCUGAAGUGGACACACCGGAUAUUCAAUCCACCCGCACAGAGGAAAAUGUGGACCUCAGCCCUAAUUGUAGAGGAGCGGUGCAGAAAAUGGAUGUGGAUUCCCUAAUGCAGGAGGUGGUAUCACUGAUCCUCCCUGAGGAUGUUUCAUUUUCUCCUUCUGAACCGAGUGCCGCCCAGUUGAGCGACUCACUUUCUCCUGUUACAAGCCAGGAGAGGAGGGAAAGCUCUCAGAGUGCGGGUAACCAAUCUUUGAUGCUCGUUGAAGAAAAAGUUCCUCGACAUCAUAGGCACACGUUGAGCGCGGAUGCUGUUCUUUUGAGCGUUCACUGCAAAGGUGAACGUUCACUUCUCAGUGUAGAGGAUAAGGUGAAAUUGUUCUCUCAAUUGGCAGUUGUGGGAGGUGUCAUUCCAGAGGCAACAGACGCUCCUGUUAUAGCUUCUGGAGGAAGACAGGAGCUUACAGUAGUUGAAGAAUCGAAGGUAGCAGCGCAAGUCGGUGAAGAGGGCACAGAGACCGUUUUGGAUGAGUCGCGCCAGUCGGAGUCCUCCGCCAAAACGAAGCCUCCGGAAAUUUCAAUUGGAGCAGAAUCCACUGCACAGGAAGAGCGUACGACUGUGCAAAGCGAGGGCCCCAAAGCCCUUCACACUACGCCUGUAAGAGUGUCCCCGAGGCACAAGACAUCGAAAGUUGACGCCGUGCCCUUUUCUGCCACUCCAAGUUUCGCUACUCCAUGCGAGCCUGCCAGUUCCGGGAUCCUGAGAGCUCGACAUCGCAGAUCUAGUAGUGUAGGUAACUUGACACCUAGAGGUCCAUUUGAUGGGAUUGCGGCGUGCUCACCCUUUGGGGAUAAUGGUGGCAGUCCAUCGUCGCACUCGUCGAGUGCGAAGAGCAAGCGCUCAUCGCGAGGAUUCAAAGAAGUGACUCCGCGAAUGAAUCUUCCGAAACCUUCCUGGAAAGCUAUAGUGGAGCGGGAAAUGAAGGGGUCGAAGCUGAAGGAGCUUCUGGCUGCUCAGUUGCCAGAGGAGGCGAGUCCAUUGUCUGAGUAUCUGGAGGCUCAGAUAGGGAACCAGAAUAGGUAUCCUGAGAAUGGGACUUGUGAUGCUGUAGACAAGUGUGUGAGCUCUACGUGCAGUCCAGCAAAACCAGUGAGGAGAACGACUAGAUCAUCUGCCAGGAAACAGGCUGCACCCAAAGAGGAAAAGCAUGAAGUUUUGGAACCAAAGACUGUCCACAAGCCGAGGAAGAUAAUUGAGGGUGAACAAGGAGCGGACAGCAGUGCUGCAGGUGCCCCAACCCCAGGGUCAGCAAUGAGACGUUCUGCACGGAUCCAGAACAAAGUGCAGUCGAAAAGGAAUGCUCUUUUCCAGGAAGAGUUGGGCUGCGGAAAGUAGCUGUAAAGGAAUGUAACGUAUCCCCUGCACAUCUGUCACUGCUGAGCACUUCCAUUUUUUCGCAAGUCGUCUUGCCCGAGUCGUCCUCACAUAAAGCCCUGUCCGUCAUUUGUAUCAUAGUAUGUAGGGUGGAAGACUUCAUGGUAGCCAUGCCCCGGAUGUAAAUUGCUUUAUCAAUGAAGGCUUCGCAACAGGGAUGGAAAUCAGAACGCAUUACUGGUGCCUACUCUCUUGUAAUAAUCUUUAAAUGAUAUGAAAAUAGUCUACUGUAACUGCCUCUCAAUACGAUUAUUCCAUCCCGGGGAAAGGGGUUAAAAAAUAAUGCCAAUUAAUUUUUUUGUGUA